AUGAUAGGAAUUUUAAGCUUAUUACUAAUUUUACCAUGCGUAUUUGUUAAUGGAUAUCUAAUAACUAAUGAUGUUGAGUAUAUUUCGAAAUUGCCGCCACCAUGUUCCAGUGAAAUCUAUUGCCAUGGUCGCUUGCUAGAAACAAUCCAAUUAGCUCACAUCUAUGCUGAUUCCAAAACAUUUGUUGACAUGAAAUUGAAACAGUCACCAGCCAAGACACUUGAAAUCUUUGAUGAAUUUGUAUCCAAAAAUCCAGACCCCAGCACGGAAGACUUGAAAAAAUGGGUCGAAUCUAAUUUCGAAGAACCUGGAUCUGAAUUUGAAACCUGGAAGCCUGAUGACUUCACUAAGAACCCAGCAGUAUUAGAUAAAAUCAGUGACAAAAGUUUUCGUAGCUUUGCUUACGAUUUAAAUGGAAUUUGGAAUGACUUGGGAAGAAAAAUUAAGAAGGAAGUCCAUGAGAAUGAGGAACUGUAUUCAAUCAUUUAUGUUGAGAAUCCAAUGAUUGUGCCUGGUGGAAGAUUUAGAGAAUUUUACUAUUGGGAUUCAUACUGGGUCCUUCGUGGACUCUUGUUGAGUGAGAUGACACAUACUGCAAAAGGAAUGCUUGAGAACUUCUUUUCAAUUGUUCUUCGCUUCGGUUUCAUCCCCAAUGGAGGUAGAAUCUAUUACUCAAUGAGAUCCCAACCACCACUAUUAACACCAAUGGUGAAGACCUACGUCGACCAUACAAAGGAUUUUGAAUUUGCAGUAAAAGCUGUCGAUGUUCUUGCCUUAGAGUUCGAUUACUGGAUGUCCAAUCACACAGUCAUGGUUAAAGGACAUAAAAUGGCAGUUUAUGGAGACAAAUCAUCAGGUCCACGUCCAGAAUCAUACAGAGAAGAUAUUGAGACAGCGAAUGGAUUUACAACUGAUGAAGAUAAAGAGGAACAUUAUUCAGAAUUAAAAGCAGCAGCCGAGAGUGGAAUGGACUUUUCAUCGAGAUGGUUUGUUGAUGCUGAAGGUGGAAAUAAUGGAACUCUUGCCAAUUUAAAAACUAGAUCAAUUGUCCCAGUUGAGUUGAAUGCAAUUCUUCACUGGAAUGCUAAAAUUAUUGCUGAGUUUUACGGAUAUGCUGGCAACAUCACAAAACAAACAGAAUAUUUGGAAAUCGCUAAGCAAUUCUUGGAUGCUGUUAAUGAAGUCCUCUGGGAUGAAGAAACAGGAGCAUGGCUCGACUAUGAUCUCAUCAAUCAGAAGAAUCGACCAUUUUUUGUUCCAACAAAUCUAGCACCAUUAUGGAUGCGCUGCUAUGACGUCACAAAGCGCGAACACAUUGCAUCUAAAGUAAUGAAAUACAUUAACAAUACAAGACUUGAUGACUAUCCCGGUGGUGUGCCAACAACACUUGUUAAAAGUGGUGAACAAUGGGAUUGGCCUAAUGUAUGGGCUCCAUUACAGCACAUGUUGAUUGUAGGCCUUGAUAAUCUUGGAACAAAGGAAUCGAAAGAAAAGGCUCAAGACUGGGCUCAGAGAUGGGUUUUGAGUAAUUAUCUUGCAUAUAAGGAGAGUGGUCACAUGUUUGAAAAGUACAUGGCAACAGAACUUGGAGGACACGGAGGUGGUGGUGAAUACGAGGUACAAACAGGCUUUGGCUGGACAAAUGGAGUAAUUUUAGAUCUCUUGGAUCACUACGGAAAUGUCCUCAGCUCAUCAGGUUCGAAUUUAAAUUAUUUGAAGCACUAAACUUCACUACAUCAUGUCUUUUGUCUAAAAAAAAGUUUCAUGACAAGAAAAAAAAUCAUUUUUCUGUCUCAAUGUAUUAAAAAAUUUCAUUUAUAUUU